UUUUCAUGCGCGUUCUGCCUUUUAGAGAAUUAAAUACCGCGUUCAAGCGAAAAGAAAAUGGCAAGAAACUAUAGUCCAGACACCGGAAGCAGCAGGUAGUGACGAGGGGGAAGAGAUAAUACUACUUGACCAUCACACAGAGCAGCUCAAGAAAAAAGACGGACGGCGGGAUUUGCAGCAGAGUCAAAGAAAACUGGUUUUCCUGCAUCCCGCUGAUAUCUUGUCAACGGAUUGAGAGGUGAAAAUAUGGAUUUGACUCAAGAAUCUAUUUUGACGUUUUUGUUGGAGAACGGCGGAAAAGUGAAAAAUUCUGAGUUGGUAAAUAAUUUCAAAUGUCAACUUAAUUGUAGCGAUCCCGCAGAGAAGAAGCAUAAUAGGGAUAUUUUUAAGAAAUUCGUGAACAGUGUUGCGGUUGUGAAACAAGUCAAUGAAGUCAAGUUUGUGGUAGUGAAAAAAAGAUAUCAGGACUUUGUUAAAGUGGGUAUGAAAUAUAGCGCGCAAAAUUCGGAUUUAGACGACAGCUUUAGUAGCCAGACCUUGUCCCUCUCACCGACGGUAUCGGAGCUCAGUGCUUUAGUUAAAUACGAAUCUGUCAACAUACCGAACUUGGAUAUUCAAAACAACAAUACGUGCAACUCCUCAAACAGGAAUGGGAAUUGUUUGAACAAUAGGGCUGAUUUCCAACAUACGCCUGUGCAUAUCAGUAACAUAGGAAGAGGCUUAAGAAACGGUGGGUCAUGUAAGACUUGUAACGAAGACCCCCCUACCGUAAUCAAGGUCCUGAACGUUUCUUAUGAUCAGGUGAUCAAAACGGGAAAAACUGGCCCAGUGUUUGCUAUCGUGGCAGUCAAAUCUCCAUCCCGUGGUGAUUCACCCCCGGCAAGACAAGAUGAGUUAAACUGCAUACCAACCUUUUCUGGAUUGAAAACCCCAGUUGGAUCAAAGUCUCUGAUGCAGAUGCCAGUUUCAUCGUCAGAGAGAGAUUUCAUGCCUCUUCCUAAUGGUCCAGGCUGGGUGGGCUCAGAGCAGAGUGCCUCCCUGUGGAGAGAGCUGUCCCAGGAGGAGAUACGAGCCCCAGGCUUCCCCCUGCUCAGGAGAAGCAGGACCUGUAGAGCAGCAGAGGACCAGCAGGGCCUGGGGUGUGUCCCCCUGCCGCCGGGGGGCCACCGGUGGCUAGUGACGGCAGCUUCUGGGCUGUGGGGUCAGAUCCACGGCCAGCUGCAGCAGGACAGCCAGCUGGCGACCAGGAAAGACUUCAUGUCUGGAUUCACAGCGCUGCACUGGGUGGCUAAGAGCGGCCACAGUGAGAUGGUGCACACCAUCAUGGACGUGUCACGCAGGACAGAGGCGAGAGUGGAUGUGAACGCUCGCACGCAUGGAGGCUACACACCGCUGCACCUCGCUGCCCUGCACGGCCAUGCAGAGCUGAUGCUUCUGCUGCUGAAGCUCUACGGAGCCAACGCAAACAUCCGGGACAAUGAUGGGAAGAAGCCGCUGCAUUACCUUGGGCCAGGUGUGUCUCCUGAGCUGCAGCAGCUGCUGGGAGGCGGGGCCCAGGCACACGGGAGGGAGGAGGAGGACAGGGACAUGCCCAGAGGGAUAAACACCCUAAGCAGACUCUUCAUGCAGCCUCACGGGACGGCGCACCGGAGGAAACACAAGAUGCUGCCUGGGGGCAUCUCACCCUGGGACUAGGAGACUGGGACUAGGAGAGGCUGGGGCAUCUCACCCUGGGACUAGGAGACUGGGACUAGGAGAGGCUGGGGCAUCUCACCCUGGGACUAGGAGACUGGGACUAGGAGAGGCUGGGGGCAUCUCACCCUGGGACUAGGAGGCUGGGGGCAUCUCACCCUGGGACUAGGAGGCUGGGACUAGGAGAGGCUGGGGCAUCUCACCCUGGGACUAGGAGGCUGGGACUAGGAGAGGCUGGGGGCAGGAGGAUGAAGAUGCACAUGUACAAAUAAGGAUUUUCCAAUAUAGAGCAGGGUGGGUAUUAGCUCGCUAUUUGAUAUUCAGAAUAUUGAUAUUUUGAUAUACUCUAACAUGUGAAUUGUAUUUAAUAACUUGUAAUGUCUUUAAAGUAUUGUAAUUGCCUAGAAUUACAUUAGGCUAGGCUUGGGUCCCUUGUCUUGAGUGACAAUAAACAUUAAUGAAUGUGAUGCUCUUAUUCUGUUUCUGAAUCUGGUUGUGUCCCUGGGGACCUGUGAGUGAGAUGAUUUAAAGUUUAAAAUGAUAUCUUAAAUAUAUA